GGUAGUAAUGUUAGCCUCUCUUCUGAUAUUAGCAAUAGUGCGUCUUUGCUCAGGGAAACAUUCUCAGGAGCAUUUGAUGACGAAGACAAAUCCCGUGAUGAUGACUCAACGUACAUCGAGCUACUACGAAAGAAACCCUUGCCUGACGCGACGAAAUCUCAUUUUUUUGAGUAA